UUGACACAACACAAUAUAGACAGCUGCAUAGUUAUAUUUCUGGUUCUCUCUUGCCAGUUGUGACUUACAUGAGCAACAAAUGUAUUUAUUUUAUUAAAACAAAUCCAAACACUGAUCAUGUUUUUAAGCUCUAAAAUAAGCUCUAAAUAAAAGUAUGUAGAUCAUAUUGAUUUUCACUUGAUUUUAUUUGCAUAUGUGACCUUAAAGUAAUCCAAAAGUAAUCAGAUUACAUUACUUUCAUAUUGUGAUUCUUGGAUUAUGUUACUAAUUAAUUUUUUUAUGAAGUAAUUUGUAACUGUGAUGGAAUAAAUUUUUAAAGUAACCCUCCCAACCCUGGUAAACCCAUGCUUCUUUUCUUUAGCAUUUACCUGCUCUGAUAGUGUAUUUGGAGCUGGAAAUCUUGGAGACGAACACAUUGGUGACUGUAAUGGAAACAUGGUUGGGUCUCAAAAGGCUAAGUGUAAUUCAUCAGGCCUCUGGGACCCCAUAGAAAACAACUGUGUUCUGCGCAUCAUUCAAAAUUUAAAAGAUGAAGCUAAGGCAAUUCUUUAAAGAUUACUUCCAUGAAGGAUAAUGAAAAAAAUCAUUUUAGUUAUGUGGUUUCUCUUCGGUUCUUCAUAACAAUUUGUCUGUGUUUUUUUUUUUUUUUUUUUUUUUGCAAUAGAAUUUACAAGUAACAGGCAUCCAAGACUUUAUGAGCAAUUUCAUAAGUAAUGCUACAGAAGAGACUCAGAACAUAAUUCAAUCUUCAGCUACCAUAUUAACAAUUGUAGAAAUACUGACAAUCAUUUCCAGUCUCUCACAAACAAUUUUAAUCAAUCAACCCGUUAUGAUGGAUUUUCUGAAAACAACUGAUGUAAUUGGAUCAGUAGGUGCACGGGACACAUGGGUGCAUUUAAACAAAAAUAGUACAACUAUGAAUGCCAGUUCUGAACUUCUGAAGUCUAUUGAGAGCCUUGCACGCCGACUCAGGGAUGAAAACUUCAACAUAACAACAAACUACACCUCUCUCAGUAAAACUAACUUUACUACCCCCUUUUCUGAAACAUUCGGUAUAAAUUUAACUACCCAAAUAAAUGUACCCACACUUAGGGAACCGACUUUCAUCACAGUGAUAAUCUCUUCUGCCCUUGAAAAUGCCUUACCUGUUCGAAAUCUGACCUACAAUGACAGCAGUGAAUCUGGCAUCAGGAUCAAUGGAGAUAUAGUUGUAAUUGAGACAAAGUCAACAAUUAAUAACAUUUCCUUUUCUUUUGAUGUAAAAAAUAAGACACUGGGAAACCCUCAGUGUGUUUUUUGGAACUUCAGUUUGCUGAAUGGCAUUGGGGGAUGGGACUCAACUGGAUGUCAACUUAAACCAUUAGAGAAUGAAACAGAAAAAUUUACAUGUGAGUGCAAUCACACAACCUCUUUUUCAAUCCUGAUGUCACCAUUUGCCUUGGAUAAAGACUUGGCCAUAAUCUUAGAUUACAUAACUUACACUGGCGUUGGCAUUUCAUUGGGCAGCUUGGUUUUGUGUCUCAUCAUUGAAAUCUUUUUAUGGAAAUCAGUGACAAGAAAUGACACAUCCUACAUGCGCCAUGUCUCCGUAGUCAACAUUGCUGUCUCCCUUCUGAUUGCAAACAUAUGCUUCAUCAUUGGUGCACCAGUUGUAAAGAAAGGAGAGGGUCCCUGCAGUACAGCGACAUUCUUCAUGCACUUCUUUUAUCUUGCCCUUUUCUUCUGGAUGUUGCUGUCAGCACUCUUGCUCCUCUACCGCACCCUCAUGGUCUUUUCUAGAAUGUCCAAAGGAGCAAUGAUGGCCAUAGCCUUCACUGUUGGCUAUGGAGCCCCGUUAAUCAUAGCUGUCAUUACUGUGGCCUCUACAGCUGGAAGUCAAGGAUACAUUCAAAAAGAUUACAAUUGUUGGCUAAACUGGAGUAAAACGAAGGCCCUCCUGGCAUUUGUGAUUCCUGCUCUGACUAUUGUAGCUAUAAACCUCCUGGUGCUUAUUGUGGUUCUGUGUAAGAUGUUGAGGAGAGGAGUUAAUACUUCCACCCAGCCAGAUGAUAAAAAUCCCCUAGUGGUCAUUGCUAGAUGUGUGGCAAUUUUAACACCUCUCUUUGGUCUAACGUGGGGAUUCGGUAUUGGGACCAUGAUGUCAUCGAGCUUUGGGGUUCAUGUGGUGUUCGCAUUCCUUAAUUCACUGCAGGGCUUCUUUAUUUUGUUGUUUGGAACAUUACUGGAUGGUAAGGUCAGACAAGCAUUGGCAGGAAAGCUGGGACUGAGUAACCUCAGCUCUAACCAAACCAGGAGAAUAAGUGCAGGACCAACAUCCUCAAGUGGACUUCUUUUCAAUCCGAAGUUAUAACAGAGAAAUGUGUUCAAUGUAUUAGACAGUGACAUUUUACCUGUUUCUUCAGCUUCAAGCGGGUCAGAUGCAGUUACUGACAGUUUAGCUAUUUAACGCCUAAUGCUGUUGUUAACAAAGUAAAAAAGUCAAAUAUAUUUUAAAAGCACAAGUAUCAUUUAAAGCACCCUUUUAAAGCCCCAGAAAAGUGAUUUCAGAAUGAUUUUAAAAAUGAUUUGAGAAUGAUGUAUAAGGAAUGAAUGUAAUAAAAUUAUCUGUAU